AUGAUUGACGCCGUCGCGAAACCCAUCAUCUAUUCAUAUCGAUCGGCAUUCGUCGUUUUUAUUGAUAUCGAGAAUUCGAUAUUUUCCCGUCACGUGAAUUUGGCUUUGAAUGUAGUUUAUGGAGGUUGUUACGGAUUUGCAUUGGCCAUAUUUGGCGUCAAUUUCAUCUAUCGAUAUGCGGCAACGCGCGGAAACUCACUAAAGCAAUAUUUUGAUGGAUAUUCAUUCGUUUCAUGGCUCACAAUUCCAAUAUUCUAUUUUUUCGUCUCGAUGAUACUAUGCGUGACUUGUUGGAAGCCAACCGACGAUUUGUCGAAUUUCCUACGAGCACCGAUUCAUGACAUGUUUGAUAUCGACGUCGAUAAAACGACAUAUUUCGGCCAUUAUUUUUUCCCAACGUCGUCAGCCUUCACAGUAAUAUAUUUCGGAAUCAAAUGCUAUUGGAAAACUCGCAACGCCGCCAAAUACAUGAACUCACGUGUCAAGAAAACGCUCCAAAAUCAAUUAUUCAAUGCGCUGGUGCUUCAGACGAGCAUCCCAUUUGCUUUGAUGUAUGUUCCAGCGGCACUACUCUAUACUUUCUGCUUUUUGGAUGAGAACAUUGAAACUGCCACCAAUUUUUUGAAUAUUUCUAUUGCGAUUUAUCCAGCGAUCGAUCCACUUCCCACGAUUUUCAUUGUUCGUGAAUACCAAAUUGCAAGCAUUGAAUAUGUGAAAUUUAUUUGGGAUGGUUUGCUUCGACGAAAAGCGCCGCAAAAGCCUGUCUUUGCUGCCGUCGUUCUUUUCAGUUGUGAAAUCGUGAUGUCUGUAAUGACUGGUGGAAUUACUGAACAGGAUCCAUCGAAGCCGGAGCAUAUGGAGACCGCCUGGAAGGCUGUCAGAGGAAUAAACGAUGAGGCUUCGAACAACGGACCUCAUUAUUUUGUGCCAAUUAAGGUCCUUAAAGCCUCGACUCAAGUCGUCGCUGGCCUCAGCACCAAGUUGGAGGUGCUCGCCGGAGAAUCCGCGUGCAAGAAGGGCGAUCUUCAAGCGCAUGAGAUCACCAAGUCGAAUUGCAAUUUGAAGGAUGGAGGCUGUCGCGCGAUCUACGCCGUCAGCCUCUGGGAGAAGCCGUGGGAGAACUUCGAGCAGUUCAACGUCGAGAAGAUUCGUGACGUCGAGCCUCAUGAGACUUUCUAA